CGCGUGAACGCAGCGUCUCUCCUCUCGCGCGCUGUGAUCGUACAGUGAAUGAAGCUCUAGAGUGGGAAAGACGAGCAGGAUACGCGAAACACUGACAUGGAUCCACUGUAACAUCACUGCAAUAGCUCUUACUGCGUUCUCAAUUGAUCAGCGUUCACUCCACGUCUAACUCGAGCGCAUUUAAAGCCUGAAGACGAUGCGUUUGAUCACAGCCAAAUCACACCUGUUCAUCGCGCAGCUGUGGCUCAUCUGUCACACAGAUCUGGCUGUGUCGUACCUGAGAGGUCAGCGCAAAUUCGUCGAGGACGUUGACUGGUCUUACACAGGAGGCCUGAACCAGAAGCAUUGGGCAAAGAAAUAUCCGGUGUGUGGCAAUGCCAGACAGUCUCCCAUUGACAUCAGUGAGGAGUUCACACAGGUCAGGGUUCAGUACCAGAACCUGCAGCUGGAGAACUGGGACCAACCAACCACCGAAUCCACCACCAUCACCAACGACGGCAAAACAGUGGAAAUCAGUCUGAACGGUCAGUACUUCAUAAGCGGAGGUGGGCUCAGAUCCAGGUUUAAAGUGGGCAGAAUCACGUUCCAUUGGGGCCGAUGUAACGCCACUUCAGACGGAUCUGAACACAGUCUCAACGGAAACAGUUUCCCCCUGGAGAUGCAGAUCUAUUGUUUUGAUGACGAGGAGUUUGAAUCCAUAGACGAGGCGAUAAGUAGCAGUGGAAAGAUUACUGCUGUAGCUGUUCUUUUCGAGGCCAGUAUUGAAGACAACCAGGACUAUGCGGCCAUCAUUGAAGGGGUGAACAGCGUGAGCCGAUUUGGUAAAAGCAACCCUCUGGAAGUGUUUUCUCUGCUGGCUCUGCUUCCGCAGUCCACCGAAAAAUACUUCAUGUACAAUGGCUCUCUCACCGCACCGCCCUGCUCCGAAAACGUGGAGUGGAUUGUGUUUAAAAACACAGUGGCCAUCUCAGAAACACAGCUGGAGGUGUUCUGUGAGGUGAUGACCCUACAGCAGGCCGGAUACGUCAUGUUGACCGACUACCUGCAGAAUAACUACAGAGAACAACAGCAGCAGUUCAUGGGACAAGUGUUCUCGUCCUACACGGGCACAGAGGAAGUUCCCGCACCCAUGUGCAGCUCUGAACCGCAGAACUUGCAGGCCGACUCUCAGAACUACACUGGUAUGGUGGUGACGUGGGAAAGGCCGCGGGCCGUCUAUGACACCACCAUUGAGCGCUACUCUGUCACUUACCAGAGACUGCAGGGCAAAGACCCGCCAAAACAACAGUAUCUCACAGACGGAGACCAGGAUGUGGGGGCCAUUAUCCAUCAUCUGCUGGCGAACAGUAGCUAUGUUGUCCAGGUGGUGGCGCUGUGCACCAAUGGCUUGACUGGAAAAAUGAGUGACCAGGUUAUUGUGGACAUGCCUCUCGAAGGCCCUGCCAGUAAAGUGGAUGCGGUUCUCAGCCGAUGCGGUCUCAGAAUGAGCAGAUAUUUGGGCUACAAUCAGCCGAAAGCAUAUAUAGCCGCCCAGGGUCCGCUGAAGGGCAGUCUGGAAGACUUCUGGAGGAUGAUAUGGGAGCAGAACGUGGGUGUGAUUGUCAUGAUCACUAACCUGGUGGAGAAGGGCCGGAGAAAAUGUGAUCAGUAUUGGCCCUUGGAGAAUCAGGAAGACUAUGGAUGCUUCCUAGUCACGCUGAAGAGCACCAAAACUCUUGCCUACUACACACAGAGGACGAUCACCUUGAGGAACGUUAACGUCAAGAAGGUCAGUAACUACGACAUACGUCACCAGAAACCCUUCAGGAUAUUUCCAGCUAACAAGGUUCUGGCAAAGGGCUCACAGAAGGGUCGCAGUCAGGAGAGGACGGUGCUUCAUUUUCAUUACACUCAGUGGCCCGACAUGGGCGUCCCAGAAUACACUCUGCCCCUGCUGUCGUUUGUGCGGGCGUCCUCGCAGGCCAGGACGGCUGAUAUGGGGCCUGUGGUGGUGCACUGCAGUGCCGGUGUGGGAAGAACAGGAACCUACAUUGUGAUCGACAGCAUGUUGAAGCAGAUAAAGGAGGAAAGUACAGUGAACAUCAUGGGAUUCCUCAAACACAUUCGUACCCAGAGGAAUUACCUGGUGCAGACUGAGGAGCAGUACGUCUUCAUCCAUGAUGCUCUAGUGGAGGCCAUCAGGAGUAAAGAGACUCUGGUCUCAUCCAGUCACAUUCACACAUACGUGUCUGAUCUCCUCACACCAGGACCUACAGGAAAGACCCGCCUGGAGAAACAGUUUAAGCUGGUCAGUCAGAGCUGUGCGAAACAGAGCGAUUACACAGUGGCUUUGAAGGAGUGCAACGCAUCUAAACACAGGGCGUCUUGUCUUAUGUCUGUGGAGAGGUCAAGGGUCAGUCUGUCUACAGGACCUGGAGAAUCAUCAGACUACAUCAAUGCCUCUUAUUUAAUGGGGUACCAUCAGAGCAGCGAGUUCAUCGUUACCCAGAAUCCUCUGCCAAACACCAUACAGGACUUUUGGAGGAUGAUCUGGGAUCACAAUGCACAGAUCAUAGUUUCUCUGCCAGAUACACAGAGCGCCAGCAGAGAGGGAGAGUGUGUGUACUGGCCCACUAAAGAUCAGCCAAUCAGCUGCGAGACCUUCACUGUGACCUUCAGGGGUGAGGACAAACUGUGCCUGACCAAUGAGGAGUCACUCGUGGUACAGGACUUCAUUUUGGAGGCCCUGAAGGGCUACAAUCAGCCGAAAGCAUAUAUAGCCGCCCAGGGUCCGCUGAAGGGCAGUCUGGAAGACUUCUGGAGGAUGAUAUGGGAGCAGAACGUGGGUGUGAUUGUCAUGAUCACUAACCUGGUGGAGAAGGGCCGGAGAAAAUGUGAUCAGUAUUGGCCCUUGGAGAAUCAGGAAGACUAUGGAUGCUUCCUAGUCACGCUGAAGAGCACCAAAACUCUUGCCUACUACACACAGAGGACGAUCACCUUGAGGAACGUUAACGUCAAGAAGGGCUCACAGAAGGGUCGCAGUCAGGAGAGGACGGUGCUUCAUUUUCAUUACACUCAGUGGCCCGACAUGGGCGUCCCAGAAUACACUCUGCCCCUGCUGUCGUUUGUGCGGGCGUCCUCGCAGGCCAGGACGGCUGAUAUGGGGCCUGUGGUGGUGCACUGCAGUGCCGGUGUGGGAAGAACAGGAACCUACAUUGUGAUCGACAGCAUGUUGAAGCAGAUAAAGGAGGAAAGUACAGUGAACAUCAUGGGAUUCCUCAAACACAUUCGUACCCAGAGGAAUUACCUGGUGCAGACUGAGGAGCAGUACGUCUUCAUCCAUGAUGCUCUAGUGGAGGCCAUCAGGAGUAAAGAGACCCUGGUCUCCGCCAGUCACAUUCACACGUAUGUGUCUGAUCUCCUCACACCGGGACCUACAGGAAAGACCCGCCUGGAGAAACAGUUUAAGCUGGUCAGUCAGAGCUGUGCGAAACAGAGCGAUUACACAGUGGCUUUGAAGGAGUGCAACGCAUCUAAACACAGGGCGUCUUGUCUUAUGUCUGUGGAGAGGUCAAGGGUCAGUCUGUCUACAGGACCUGGAGAAUCAUCAGACUACAUCAAUGCCUCUUAUUUAAUGGGGUACUAUCAGAGCAGCGAGUUCAUCGUUACCCAGAAUCCUCUGCCAAACACCAUACAGGACUUUUGGAGGAUGAUCUGGGAUCACAAUGCACAGAUCAUAGUUUCUCUGCCAGAUACACAGAGCGCCAGCAGAGAGGGAGAGUGUGUGUACUGGCCCACUAAAGAUCAGCCAAUCAGCUGCGAGACCUUCACUGUGACCUUCAGGGGUGAGGACAAACUGUGCCUGACCAAUGAGGAGUCACUCGUGGUACAGGACUUCAUUUUGGAGGCCCUGAAGGAUGACUAUGUGCUGGAGGUACGGCAGUACCAGAGCCCUCGCUGGCCGAACCCUGACAGCCCCAUCAGCAACUCCUUUCAGCUCAUCAACAUCAUCAGAGAAGAGAGCUCGCGUCGAGAGGGACCCGCCAUCAUCCAUGAUGGGUCUGCAGGGACGAGUGCUGCUUUACUUUGUUCACUGACCACCCUGGUUAACCAGCUGGAAGAGGAGAACAGUGUGAACGUUUAUCAGACCGCCAGAAUGAUGAACCUCAUGAGGCCGGGAGUCUUCAACGAUAUUGAUCAGUAUCAGUUCCUCUACAAAGCGAUCCUGAGUUUGGUGAGCACCAAGGAGGACGAGAGAGCUCUUCACUACUCGGAAAACAACGGCACGGUUCCUGCCAACCCCUCGGAAAGCCUGGAGUCUCUCAUGUAGAUAUACAGACCACUGUCACCCUUCACCCUAGGAAAUGUACACUGAAUCAAGAGAAAGUAGUUUUUGAAACCCUCCUAAAGUCUCUACAUGGACUACGUGGGUACAGGAUAUACUAUAAUUUGGUCUGUUAUUGUGCCUUUGUACUUUAAAAUGCUUUGAUAUAAUAUUACUGUUGUAAUUAAUGCCAACAUUUCUACUCUUUGGAAAAGCAGUGACUGCUGUAUUGCUGGUGAUGUCUUAGAUUUUAGUCGGACAUAACUGUUGAAGAAAUAUUUAUAAGUAGCAGGGCAGAAGAUUUCAUAUGCUAUCUAUUUUGGGGUAAAAAAUCUUAGAUAUAAAAGCAUUCUUGAACGUAGUCUCAUAGUUCAGAAAAGAGAGGUGUGGUUCUAAUAUAUAAAACCAUCGGCCACACCAACAGACCAAAAUACAUUUAUAUGACUAGCGCUUCUUUUCUUUUACUAUGUUUGUUAUUGUAGAAAUUGAAUGUUUCGGUUUUUUUAUAGUAGAGAAAUUUCUUUAUUAACCUAGUUGAUAUGUCGUAACACAUUUUUUCAUACAUUUCUCAUUUGUAAUACGUACCGCAUCCUUCUAGAUUUAAAUCAGCAGUGAAUCUGUGUCGUUUCAUAAGCACCAUUCAGUUCUAUAUCUCCAUAUUUAUCAGCUUUUAUUUAAACUAAUCAUUUAGGCCUUUUGUCAAGCAUUAACACAGAACGUACUUGGAUACAAAAAAGCAAGCACAAUAAAAAAAUCAAACAGGGUUUUACAUGCACAUCAUUUCUUCUACAUUUGCGAGUGUUUUGUCAUUUCUUAACAUUGUACUUUCUUCCAUUGAGCUUCCAAAUUGCUAACCACAAAAUGUAAA